AUGCCAUUUAUAAUAAACCAACUUUUUCUUUUCGAUGUAAUCAAGUCACAUGAGGCUUUUUGUGUUGAUCAAGUCUGUUCAUAUCUAUCUAUCUAUCUCAGUCUGUUCAUAUUCAUCUAUCUAUCUCAGUCUGUUCAUAUCUAUCUAUCUAUCUCAGUCUGUUCAUAUCUAUCUAUCUAUCUCAGUCUGUUCGGUUCAUAUCUAUCUCAGUCUGGUUCCAUAUCUAUCUCAGUCUGUUCAUAUCUAUCUAUCUAUCUCAGUCUGUUCAUAUUAUCUAUCUAUCUCAGUCUGUUCAUAUCUAUAUUAUCUAUCUCAGUGGUUCAUAUCUAUCUAUUCAUCUCAGGUUCAUAUAUCUAUCUCAGUCUGUUCAUAUCUAUCUAUCUCAGUCGGUUCAUCUAUCUAUGUUCAUCUAUCUAUCGCAUUGUGUUCAUUUUGGUUUUUUUACCGCCGCUGACUAGCAGCAAUGCGAAAAGGAGAGCUGAGUGCGUAAGUCUUCCCCUGCCAGUAUAUAGCCUCUCCAUCAGCAAGCCCUAUGUAGUGUCUCCUCGUGACGACACAUGGCAACCGGGCACCUUGCGAACUCUGGCUAAACUACGGAGGACAGGGGAGGAGUUUGGCCCCCUUAACAUGUGGGAGAAAUCGAAGCAACUGGCUGAGCAAAAUGCUGCUGUGGCGUGUCUCUUGGUUCUUGGUAUCCAUGAUGGUCGUAAGGAAGGAACUGAUGAAGAAGCUAAAGUACUAGCCAAAAAAUGGCAACAGAUACUGAGUGAUGAAGAAGCCCUUACAAAGAAUCUUGAAGUCAACCCGCUGCCAACCAAUUCCACAGACAAUGAUAAAUUGCCAGUAAAUGGAGAAAUCAAGCAAGAAAUAGACAGCUUUUCAACAAAACUUGAUACCUCCAAAUCCACUAAGAAUUUGACAGAAUCCGAACAUGAAAAUAAAGAAAAGGUUAUACAAAAAACCUUUGCUAGUGAAGAUUCUUGUACAAGACAAACUGCUGUUAACAGAUGA